CAUCACAAAUAUACAUCUGUCAUCUGUCCUGUAGGUGGAGCUACAGCGCAACAAGUCCUCCAGCACCAGGCUGGGGGUGAAGUCUUGUUCUGGAUCACACCAGAGCUCAGAGUUCCUCAGAGUCCCUGAACAUUUCUGGACUGGGAGUCAACAUGAUCACAUGUCUCAUACUCACAGUGAUUUUCUUCAUCCUGACCGGUGUGUGUCAGACUGUGGAGGUCCACCAGACUCCCUCUGAUCUCCUCAGCAGAGAUGGAGAUACUGUGCAGCUCAUCUGCACCCACAGUAAAACAGAUUAUACAGUGAUGCUCUGGUACUUCCAGAAACCAGGGGACACAGCUCUCACACUCAUCGGGAGUGGUUUGUGUGUCAGAGUGAAACACCUGCAUCUGAGGUCUGAAUUAGAUCCAGCAACAUCAUAUCAGUACAGUGGGAUGACAUCACUUCCUGUUCCUGCUCCAACUCCAGUAAGUGAUGCUAAGUCCUCAUUUGGUCCUCCAGGCUCAGCAGUGAUGGUCACCAUGAUCAGACUUCUCACUAUCUUCUCUCUUCCUUUGUUCUGCAUCACAGGAGUGUCACUCAGUCAAGAGGUGAACCAGACUCCCUUUACUUUCCUGUGGAAGCCAGAAGAGAAGAUCCAACUGAGCUGCAGUCAUAACAUUCCAAGUUACUACACUAUACUCUGGUACCAGCGCUCAGUGGGAGACACUGCUCUGAAACUAAUAGCGUAUGUUUCAUACAAAAGUCCCACUGUUGAGUCUCCAUAUCAGGGCAUCUUCGAUGUGAGUGGAGAUGGUGACAAAGAAGCCUACCUUCAUCUCCUCAAACUGAGGCAACCUGAAGAUGAUGGACAAUAUUUCUGUGCAGCCAGCUUCACAGUGGUACAGAGCUCAGCUCCGCUCUACAAAAACCUUUCAGUGAUUAACAGGCCCUACAGAACACCUGUAUCAAACCACAAUAACAGUAAUGUACUCAGAGGAGAUGGAUAUCGUCAUCACAACUACAGAUUCUACUUCUGUUGAGGGUUCUUACUUUGAGAGGAUGUGAUGCAUGAUGGGUAGUUACAGAUGUUAGUCUGUAGGGGGUGGUAGACUGCUUUGAAUGUGAAAGUUGUUUUUGAGACCGUGCACUGGCCAUAAAUUAACCAUG